AUGGAGCAGCUGCAUGGUUAUGACUUGAAAGUUGAUAUCUGGUCUUUUGAUAUAACUGUAACAGAGCUUGCUCAUGGUCAUGCUCCUUUCUCAAGAUAUCCUCCAAUAAAAGUACUACUAAUGACACUGCAAAGUGGACCUCCUUGCGUUACUAAUCUUUCAGAUGAUAUGUUUUCUAAUAGCUUUAGGCAAAUGGUUGUUUCUUGCUUGAUAAAAGACCAUUCAAGGCUCCUUUCUGCAAAAAUAUUGCUAAAACAUUCAUUCUUUGGACGGUUGGCGUCUCUAUUGCCGUUGUAUGUAACUCGAGAUAGCGACGCCGUUUCAGGUUUCUUGAUUCCUUUCUCUUCCAGUGACGGGAAUGGUGACCAGUCUUUGGUAUUGGGGGCUCUUCUCAGUGCUGUUGAUAAUCUCUUGAUCAUAGUUGAUCUCUGA